CCGGUGUACUGGCGUGCAAUCCCGGGCGGCGGCGGUGCUCCCGGGGCCCACGAUGAUGGCGGAGCAGGUGAAAUGCGCCUCGGCGGCGGCCGGUUCCGGAGCGGGCUCCGGGCCGGUGGUGAACGCGGAGCUGGAGGUGAAGAAGUUGCAGGAGCUGGUGCGCAAGCUGGAGAAGCAGAACGAGCAGCUGCGGAGCCGGGCGGCUAGUGCGGCCGCCGCCCCGCACCUGCUGCUGCUGCCGCCGCCGCCUCCCGCCGCGCCGCCCCCUGCUGGGGCCUGCAGCCCGCUGGGUCCGAGGAGCCCACCGGCCGUCACCUCUGCCUCUGGGGGCCUGGAGCUGGGGCUAGUGGGCGCCGGGGGAGGCGGCGGCGGGACCUGCAGCAGUGGCGGCUCAAGCCCCUCGUUUCCAGGAACCUACUGCCUGCCUAGCCCGGCGGCCUCCUUGCUCUGCAGCCUGGCGCAGCCCCCCGAGGCGCCCUUCGUCUACUUCAAGCCCGCGGCGGGAUUCUUCAGCGGGGGCGGCAGUGGGCCGGAGCUCGGGGGCGCAGGGACGCCGCCGGGGGUAGCCGCCACGCCGCCCUCGCCGCUCCCGACACUGCUGGAUGAGGUGGAACUGCUGGACCUGGAGAGCUUAGCGCCCUGGCGGGACGAGGACGACUACACCUGGUUGUACAUUAGCUCCUCAAAGGCGUUUGCCUCAUCAGAGAAAUCCAUGAAUCCUUUGCAGUGGUGUAGACAUGUUCUGGAUAAUCCAACUCCCGAGAUGGAAGCAGCAAGACGUUCCCUGUGCUUUAGGCUGGAGCAAGGUUAUACUUCCAGGGGCUCCCCACUCAGUCCCCAGUCCUCCAUAGACAGUGAGCUGAGUACUUCAGAAUUGGAGGAUGAUUCCAUCUCCAUGGGAUAUAAGUUACAAGACCUCACUGAUGUUCAGAUCAUGGCUCGUCUGCAAGAAGAAAGUCUUAGGCAAGAUUAUGCUUCUACUUCAGCAUCUGUGUCAAGAAAUAGUUCCAGUGUGUCAUUGAGUUCAGGAAAAAAGGGGACAUGUAGUGAUCAAGAAUAUGAUCGAUACAGUCUGGAGGAUGAGGAAGAAUUUGAUCAUUUGCCACCACCUCAACCUCGUCUUCCAAGAUGCUCGCCUUUCCAAAGAGGAAUUCCCCACUCACAGACUUUUUCUAGCAUUCGGGAGUGUAGGAGGAGCCCUAGUUCCCAGUAUUAUCCUUCCAGUAAUUACCAGCAGCAACAGUAUUAUUCACCUCAAGCCCAAACUCCAGAUCAGCAACCAAACAGGACAAAUGGAGACAAGCUCCGAAGAAGUAUGCCUAAUCUAGCCCGAAUGCCAAGUGCAACCACCAUUAGUAGCAGCGUUAGUUCUCCAGUCACCGUGAGAAACAGUCAGAGUUUUGACUCAAGCUUGCAUGGAGCUGGAAGUGGAAUUUCAAGGAUACAAUCUUGUAUUCCAUCACCAGGACAGCUUCAACACAGAGUUCACAGCGUGGGACAUUUCCCAGUGUCUGUCCGACAGCCUCUUAAAGCCACAGCCUAUGUGAGUCCUACCGUUCAAGGCAGCAGCAACAUGCCUUUAUCCAAUGGCUUACAGUUAUAUUCCAACACAGGAAUCCCCACACCAAACAAAACUGCAGCUUCUGGUAUAAUGGGCCGCAGUGCACUUCCAAGACCUUCAUUGGCAAUAAAUGGGAGUAACUUGCCUCGAAGCAAAAUUGCACAGCCUGUUAGAAGUUUCCUUCAGCCUCCAAAGCCUCUGUCUUCACUCAGCACUCUGAGGGAUGGAAACUGGAGAGAUGGUUGCUACUGAUGCAGUUUUUAUGUACCCUUGAAGAAUGGAGGGGAAGUGAAAAAUGAGGGUUGUGUUACCUAGCUGGCUGGGUAACAGUGGAUGUUGGGAUAUUGUUUCCCUUUUGCAUUUUAACAUAUUUACUGCAUUGUUUUUCAUUGGACCAAUCACCAGAGACUAAUUGUUGCACUUAAAUAUUUGCCUGAGAUACUGCAACAUUCUCAAAUUCCUGGUUGCAGUAUUGUGACACUUAGAUCUAGGACGUUUUUGUAGAACUGCUAUGUACCUGAAUACUUUUUGAGGAAAAUUAAGAUGUAUCAAUAAUGCUUUGCCAUAUGAGUUUUUUUAAAGUAACUUGUACAAUUUACUUAUGUGUUCCAAACAUCUCUCCAUUACAUGUUCUGCAUUUUAAUACAUUGUGUAUUUACAACUAGGUUCUAUAACUUAUGUUUUGAAAUUUAAUUUUUUUAUAGUUUACAGGAAUUUUAUUUUUUGCACCUAUUUCUUUUUACACCUAUGUGAACCACUAUGGAACAACUUAAAAUUUUGUGCCAUAAAAAUAUUUUUGUGGUAAGGUACUAUUUUUUUAGCUCUAGGGAUAUAUCAACAAAAAUACAUCAUACAAUUUGAGAGACAUAAUUUUUGUUGAAUGAGCACAAAUUAUUCUGAAGCAUUGAAAGGAGAUAGCCAGACAGCAGAGUUAAAUGGUCUUAUCUUUUUCUCUUUUUCAUUGUUAAUUUAUUGUUAUACAUGAAUUCCAUAUUUAUAAUGCCAUCACAAGCUCAUUGCACUUAAAGCCUGCAAUGUUUGCUACUAUACCACAAUUGGUUUUUCAAUAUUUUAUUACAAAGGAUGAAACUGUAAUGUUUUAUUAACAUUGCUUCUGGAAAUGGAUGCAUUUUAAAGCAAAUAAAUCUUUUUGAUAGACCUUUUACAAAAUCCAUUUGCACUAAUGAAUGCUUUCUUAUGGUAUAUGACUUAAUAUUUGUUACUGUGUACACUGCUGUUUUGGAAUGUUCAGAAAUAAAGACUUUAUUUCAGCAA